AGAAGGGUGGUGUGAUGUGGGGGGAGGGAGGGAGUGAGUGAGUGAGCUCCGAGCCAUUACCGCUGCUGUGGUGAAAUGCAGGAAAUCCCCGGCCUGUGGCUGUCUGCGGGCGGUGGAGAACGUGGGAGUUUCCGAAAUCAUCGCUCCAGCCGCUGAAUGUCUAAAAGGCUCUGUUGGGGCCAAGGAUUUUACGUUGGGAUUCGUGAAUUUACAAUGCUCCCCAAGUGAGAUGUAACAAGGUCCGGCGGCUUGUUACGAGAGCUGGAAGGAAAAGUACGCGGGAACUUCCAGGAACUCAGAGAAGAGGCGGGGAUUGCAGGAAAGGUAAUUGAUCACUCCACACCCAGGGAAGUUCGAUUCAUGGUCGGGCGAGUGAGUGGUCAUGAAUAACCAAGAGGUGGUGGCACUUCUACAGGAGUGCAAGCAGGCCCUCAAUGCACCCCCACCGGAACCGUCAGAAGAAGAGAAGACAAAGUACUGGCAGUGUGAAGCUUCACUCUCUGCUGAUCUGAGGACCCUGCUGAAACAGGCAAAGGAAAUGAAGUGGCCCUUUGUACCAGAGCGAUGGCAAUACAAACAAGAAGUAUGCGCAGAAGACAAAACAAACCUGAAAGAUAUCAUCAGCGAGAAGCUGCCCGAUCUGUUGGUCUUUUUGAAAACCGCUCUCUCGGUCGGUGACUACGCUUCAGCAGCUGCCACAGUCUUCGUGAUUGACAGGUUUCUAUACUGGGUCGAUGCAUCCAGCAAACUGCUGCAGGUCGCCAAGGCCUUGCACAGACGCUGCAUGGCAAUACCAAUCGCGCCACAGGUGGUUAUUCGCCAAGCCCGAGUCUCUGCAAAUUCAGGUAAACUUCUGAAAGCUGAAUAUAUCCUGAGCAGCCUGAUCAAUAAUUGUGGGGGAACAGGCACUUGGGUCUACGAGAACAAGACCGAUUGCACACUGGUACAGGCUGUCAGCAUUCAGAUAAGGGGACAAAUACUACAAAAACUUGGAUUGUGGUAUGAAGCUGCGGAAUUGAUCUGGGCCUCCAUUGUGGGGUUUUAUGAGCUUCCUCGCCCAGAUAAAAAGGGAAUUUCUACGUCAUUGGGCAUUUUGGCUGACCUGCUAGUUUCGAUGAGUGAUGAGGAGUACAAGCGCUUUAAGAAGGACCCGCAGAUGGACUUGAUUCUGGUUGAGGAGUGCAAUGACCGACUCCUGGCAGCUGCUGAAGCAAGCAAGCUGGCUGCCGUGCUCAGUCAGUACAAUCCACUCUAUGUGCUGACAAACCUGAACAUUUAUGGAACAUGCCUCCUUUCUUAUAAUUUCAAGGGGAGAGGUGUAAAGGAUGAAAGCCAGCUCCACCUUAAACAGGCAAAAGAGGCUAUUGAAAUAGGGCUCCUUACAAAGAGAGAUGGAGACGUUAUAACAAGCAAGCAUGAACUGCAUGGGUUUGUUAAAGCAGCAUUCUCACUUACAACUGUGCUCAGGUGGCUCACAGGUAACAGCGAAAUCCUUACCAGGAUGAGACGACUGUGCAAAGAAGCAAUGGGGAAAUUGUUCCUGUACAGUACGGGGAACCAGGAAAGUCUGGCGCAGGAGAUCAUGGAGCUGAUCUGCCAAGUCAAAGUUUCUUUGCAAAUAACCAAUCUCUGCAAUUCCGAUAGCAAGUCCUAUGUCCCAGACCACUAUAAACAUUACUGGGAUAAGCCAAUAGUGACGGGAAGGAUGGCCUUUGAUAAAAUUCUAGAAAGGCACGAGCAGUAUCACAAAACUAUAUGCAUGGUAUUUGAAAGCAGUUGUAGAAGACAUCAGAAUAGCAGCAGGCUCCCAAAAUACAGCUGUAUAACUGCGUUCAAGACUGAAACAAUGGAACUAGAUACUGCUGAUGCCAAGGCAAGCAUCCCUCAUCUUUGUGAUCGUGAUAUCCCUCGGCAUUCUCUACCCAAAGAAGCAAAAGCGACACAAAGCAAUGAAGAGUUACAGAAUAGGAACCCUGAAUUAACAAGCUCAGGCAAAUCAGAGAACCAAUAUCCAGGCCUUUGGAAAGACGGCAAGGUGCCUCAUGCCAGCUCGGAGAACGCCCAGCCACAUGCUGUAACAGGCACUGAUAACAAACUGGGUGAUGUAACUUCAGAGGGGAAGGACGACAGCAAUAAUGGAUGCGGAGACCAUCUGAAUGACAGCCACGGCUCCAGCUCCUCCUUCAAAUCCUGGCUGAAAACAUCCGGAUCCAGACUUUCCAGCAGCUGGGAGGAAGUGAGAGCUUGCAGUGGCAGUGGAUCUCCCAGGAGCGGAGGUAGACACCUUCUGCUCUCCCUGGACACAGAAUGCUCCACGUUUUUAACCGAUGAAGUGGAAGAGAAUCAGCAGAACGAUUGCAGCGCCAAGAAUGAAGAUUGUAAAUUAAGUAACAAAACUGCACAGUCAGAACGACAGAUAUCUCAGACGUGCAGACAGUUUGGGGAUUCAAACAUUAAUUGCACUUCAGGCAAUACGGAGAAGAAAAUUCCUCCAUUUUUAUCUUCAGGAGAACACAGGCCUUUCGAGAUGGCCGGCUCUGAUAGAGAAACUGUCGACGACAAUGCAGAGGACCACAAACGUGACAGGCUUGAAAAUGACCAUGAUCAGACUUGUAGGGCUCCUUGCAAAACCUCGACUCAUUCAGAUUCAGCAAACAUUGAGAGUAGCUCCUUUGAGAUGAUUGACUCUGAUGCAGAAACAGCGGAUGACAUUCAGGAUGCUGCGAAUGAGUUUCAUCUGGGCACAAAUAAAAAUAGCCUUGCAAAAUACUCGUCUUCCCAGGCACAUUUGAAUACCGCAAAGACUGUCGUAAUCGAUGGUGAGAAUUCAGGGGGCUUUGCAAAGAGAAGCCAGCCUCUAUCAGAGCAAAAGAAAUCCAUGGAAAUGUUAUCAGUUGAUCCUGCAGCAGAGACUGCUGAUGAAACAGAAGAAAACGAUUAUUUCCCAACUCCACAAGGAGUUUCUGAAAUUCUACAAGCCGAUGGAAGCAAGAAGCAGGAGACGCAGGAAACUCAUGGUGCAACCCAAAUGCAGAAUUCCUCUGUUCAAUCCUCGCUAGCCAUUAACGAACCCGCCAAAGGAUGCAUCAGGGCGGCACCAACUGCAGGUGAAACUACUGAUGGCAUCCUGAGCAAACAGCUUCUGAACAGUAGCCUCAACUCCAGCUCAUCCUUCAACUCAUGGUGCAAGUCGCUUUAUUCAGGCAGCGGUUCCAACCCUAACGACAUAAGCUCAUCGAUGAGUUCCAGCAGCAGUUCCUUUGUGUUCCUUUCCAAACAGCGGCAGACCUUUCACAGACGGGUUAUAACCGAUGAAGAUUAUAAACUGUUGUUUGCAGGGGUAACCCAUGAGUGGCUCACAGAGAGAAUCAGGGACACUGGAGUAUUUUACCCUCACAGGCUCAAAGACAUUUACAGUGGUCUAUUAUUUAAGUAUAACAAAAAAACUGACACUUGGACUGCCCAGGAAACGUUGGUGUAUGUUGGAAAGCCUUUGGUUGUGGAUAAACCUGGUGCCCAGAGGACUGCUUUGGAGAUACGCUUUCUGCAUCAGGAAGAAAUACUGGGCCGAUAUGUUGGGAAACAAUACAAAAAUACUAAAGAGCUCUCCUACCAUUUCCAUGAUGUUGAACGGCAAAUGACGGCACAACACUACGUGACGGAGUUCAACAAAAGGCUCUACGAGCAGCAAGUUCCAACACAAAUAUAUUAUAUUCCAUCCUCAGUUCUCUUGCUUUUGGAAGACAACCAAAUUGUGGGGUGUGUAAGCGUAGAGCCAUACAUGCUUGGAAAGUUCAUAAAACUAACCAACAACAAAAGGGAUGUUCGCAAAGAAUAUGAAGCAACAAUAUAUGGACUUGCAUUUGGACAUUUUACCUAUGAGUUUUCAAACCAAGAAGAAAUAGUGGUCGAUUUACAGGGCUGGAUCACUGGAGAUGGCAAAGGCCUUAUUUAUCUCACAGAUCCUCAGAUUCACUCAGUGAAAAAACACCAAUGGGGAUUAAACUUCGCAGACAAAGGCAUCGAAUACUUUCUCAACUGCCAGCACAAGGAAUGCAAUGAGAUUUGCCACAUCCUCAAUCUGAAGAACCCUGUCAGGGAGAAUGUGGAGGAAACACCUUCAGCAUAGUUUUACCAUCUUGAGAUGAAUGUUUGAAUUUGUCAGAAUCUUGUCUCAUCUCCUUUAAUGGUGCAGAAGAUGAUCUUUGCAUUGCUCCCAACAACCCACAGGCCACUAUUCCUGCAAAUGCAUCAGGAUUACUCUUAAUUGCAGGUGGUGGUGCAUUCCCUGACUCCGGAGUAGGGUUGCCAACUGUCUCGUCUUAGCCGGGACAUCCCGUAUAUUGGGCUAAAUUGGU